GUGAGCACAGACAGUGCUCCUCUUCUCUCCUCAAACCCAGAGAAAUCUCCUCAGUGGUGGAAGCUAUGGGGAUGCUACCGCUGCUACUCCUUUCAUCCUUAAUGCUGCAAAAUGGCCAAGGAUUUUCAAGCUCCCAGGGAAAGCAAUUCAUCACGGCUUUCAUGGAAAAUUUUGAGACCAACAGGCCUUCUGAAACAAGCUUGAAGCUAUUUCUCGUGGGCCACGGCAAUGACACCACGGUCUCCGUGACAAUGACCAGGUCUUCCUCCCGCCAAAUUUACUCUGUUGCAGGAGAUGAAACAGUGCCUGUGGAUCUCUCCGUGAGAUUGGAAAUGAAAGGCAGUGGCCUUUUUGCCUAUUCCAUUGUGAUUGAGGCUGAGCAUGACAUUUCAGUGGUCUCAUUUAACCGAAAAUUGUAUUCCAUUGCGAGCAUGACACUCUACCCAGUCCAUGAGCUUGGCGAUACCUAUUAUGUCAUCACACCUCCGGGCACCAAAGUGGACAGUUACAAGAAAGAAUUGGCUGUCAUAGCUUGGAAGACUCCUACCCAAGUCACCAUUGAACCGCAAGGUGAAGUCAUCUUCAAGAGACGGUCGUACGCAGCAGGGACUACUCUCACAGUACGCCUCCAAGCUUUCGAAGUUCUUCAGUUGCAGAGUAUGGAAGACUUGUCCGGUACCAAGAUUCAGUCCUCGGCUCCCGUGGCUGUCUUGAGUGGCCAUGUCUGCGUCCAGGAAAAUUAUUACUGCGACCACGUCGCCGAGCAACUUCUGCCAGUCUCCAAGUGGGGCAAAACCUUCAUCGUUCCUCCUGUACCUCUGCAGACUGGUGUCGAUAUUAUCUAUGUGGUGGCUGGUCAAAGCACACGUGUUGUUUAUCAGUCAGGACAGGAUAAAGGCUUUCAAGAUAUGGUGCCUGGAGAAAUCAUUCAGUUUCCGCUCCAGUCCUCUCAAGCGUUUUACAUCUCUGCCGAUGCUGGGAUCCAGGUGGUUUUGUUUUUCACCGGGAUCAAGAUCGGGAACAUAGGAUACGAUCCAUUUCUCAUCAACAUCCCUGAUGUCACCAGUUAUGGCCUGGCCUACCGAAUUGAUGGUCUCGAAAAGUUUGACAACCAUAUCCUUAUCGUAGCAAAAAGCUCCGAAACCGUUACUUGGGAUAAAUCUGUUGUGGCAGGCAUUCAAUGGCAAUUGAUCCCUGGCUCAGAGCAUUCCUGGGCAGAAUAUAACUGGAAAGCUGAUAUUAAUCAACGUUCAGUUUUUCUUGAGGAUCCUCAAUCUCCCUUUGGUGUGUUGGCCUACGGAAACAAGAAUUACGAAGGCUACGGCUUUGCUCCAUCACCUUUCGGCACACUCGCUCCUGUUCCAGACCCGGUUCCUGUCCCGUUGACCUGCCCCGAGAACAGCCACUAUCUAUCCUGUGGAAAUGCCUGCCCAGCAACGUGUUCUGACCGAGAGGCUCCAUCCAAAUGUAAAAAUACCUGUGCAGAAGUCUGCCAGUGUGACCAGGGCUACCUCUUCAGUGGAGAGAAAUGUGUUCCCAAGGAGAGUUGCAACUGCACUUACAAAGGUGUGACCUACAGAGCAGAAGAGGAGUUUUGGGCAGACGAAAACUGCCAGUCCCAUUGCAGGUGUGAUAACAAUGUAGGCAGAACUGUAUGCGUGAAGUCUUCUUGCAAAGCCAAGACCAAAUGCAUUGUGGUGAAUGGCGUUCGUGGUUGUCACGCCACCACCUACAGUACCUGCAUUGCAUAUGGAGAUCCACAUUACCGUACAUUCGAUGGAACCAAAUACGAUUUUAUGGGAAGCUGUGUGUAUCAGAUGGUGGGCGUCCGCUCCAAAAAUCCAGCCCUCACCCCAUUUUCGGUCACAGUGGAGAACGACAACCGAGGCCAUAAGGCUGUGGCUUUUACCAAAGAGGUGAACUUGGAAGUCUACAACAUGACCAUCGGCCUGAGCAAAAGUGCCCAACAUCGGAUUAAGGUCAAUGGCGUUUUAGUGGAUUUACCCUUUUCUUACGAAAAUAAACUAAGUGUCUACCAGAGUGGGGCUCAUGGCUUCAUUCAAACCGAUUUCGAUUUGACAAUCACGUAUGACUGGUCCAGCUACGCCAGGGUCAUUCUUCCCAGUACGUACGCCAAUUCGGUCUAUGGACUCUGUGGCAAUGCCAACCAGAAUCGUCAUGAUGAUUUUGGCAUGCAGGAUGGAAGUCAAACCAGUGAUAUAACACAAUUUGCAAACAGCUUGAAAGUGAAGGAUGUCCCCGGGUGUUCUACAGGAUGCACCGGUAAAUGCCAAAAAUGCAGUGAGGCUGAGAAACGAACCUACCAAGUAGAACGUUACUGUGGGAUCCUCACCAAAAGCAAUGGACCUUUUGCGCCAUGUCACAGGACAAUUGACCCAAUAAACUUCUUUGAAGAUUGUGUCUUUGACACCUGCACAUACAAGGGACACCCAGAUGUUUUUUGUGGGGCCAUCGCUACUUAUGCCACAACCUGCCAAGCUCAAAAUAUCCAAAUUAAGCCGUGGCGAUCCAACUCCUUUUGCAGUUUUUCCUGUCCACCUCAUUCCCACUACGAAUUAUGUGGAAAUGGCUGCCCUUCCACCUGUCACAAUCUUUUCAGUUCCAUCUCUUGCGAUGCUCCCUGCGUUGAAGGCUGCGUCUGCGACUCUGGAUUCAUCCUCAACGGGGACGAGUGCGUCCCUGUUACUGAGUGUGGUUGUGUGCAUGAGGGCAGGUACUACAAAAAGGGAGCAGAGUUCUACCCUACAAACGCUUGUCAGGAGAAGUGUCGUUGUGUGGACAUUGGUGCUGUUGACUGCCAUCAGUUUUCCUGUGGGAGUUAUGAGGAGUGCAGGGUGGAGAAUGGCAUCCAGGGCUGUUACCCUGUCGGUUAUGGAACAGUGAUAACAUCUGGUGGAAGCCAUUAUACUACCUUUGAUGGGAAGAGUUUUGAUUUUGCUGGCUCCGGCUCUUACAUCUUAACUCAAGUAACCAACAAAGAUACUCAGCAGGUGAUGUUUUCUGUGGUGGUGGAACAUGAGAAUGCUGAUAAUGGAUCUUUAGUUGAAAUAACAUCAGUUGUCAUUGACAUACAUGGACAUACUAUUGUCCUGGAGAGAGGAAAGAAGUGGCAAGCUAAGGUACAAGACGAGCUUUACAACCUACCAUUUAGCAGAGACGAUGGACAACUUCAGAUCCACCAAGAAGGGAAUAAUAUUAUUGUUCAGUCAUCUGAAGGUUUCAAAGUCAUUUAUGACACUGCCAACUAUGUCGAAGUUUAUGUGCCUAGGAGUUACCAAGAGCAGACAUCUGGGCUUGGUGGCAAUUUCAACAAUAACUUGGAUGAUGAUUUCUUGAUGCCAGAUGGAACUCUCACCCCAAGUGCUGAUGACUUUGGAAUCUCAUGGGAAGUCCCCAAAGCUGGGAGCGUUUGCUCUAAGAACUGUGUGCACACGCUCCCUGCUUAUGACGAGUCCCAAACAAUACCAUAUGAAGGUGACAGAUACUGUGGCCUCCUCACACUUGAGGUGGGUCCAUUCAAAGACUGUCAUUCUUUUGUGAGUCCUAUGGAGUUCUUUCACAACUGCCUGUACGACAUGCAAGUUGUCGGCGAGGGAUCUCUCUGUCAAAACUUUCAAGCUUACACCGCUAAAUGUCAAGCAACUGGAGCUAAAAUCGAUGACUGGAGAACAGCUGUCUCUUGUCCUCUCCUCUGUCCAGCUAAUAGCCACUAUGAGACGUGCAUUAGAGCUUGCGAUUCCAGCUGUGCCAGUUUCUUCUCAGCAGUGCAAUGCACUAGGAAUUGUUUUGAAGGUUGCCGAUGUAAUGAUGGCUACAUGUUUGAUGGGAAUGCAUGCGUACCUCUGGAAAAGUGUGGCUGUACAUUCAGUGGACUCUACUUGAAGGCUGGAGAAAGCAUCUUUUCAACUAACUGCACCGAGAAAUGGACUUGUCAAAGUCUGAAUCAAAUCACCUUUGAGGAAACAGCAUGCCGGGGUGAAGAAAUCUGCGUUCUUCAAAAUGGCGUGCGUGGCUGUGAGCACAGAGAAGGCCAGUGCAAAAUUUCCCGAGAGGCCAAACUUGUUUCUUUUGAUGGAACUUCAGCAGGAUGGAACUUCUGCGGUGGGGUUUAUGAUGUGUCCUCCGUGUGUGAUGAGAGAGACCCCUCCUGGUUCAGGGUAUCUGUCAACAUCGGAAAGGACUAUGAAGAUAACCUGUCAGUGGUCAGGGCUGUUCAUGUUUAUUUUGGAGAGGCUGCCAUUACUCUGAAAAAGAACAACCGGAUAUGGGUGAAUGGACGGUCAGUAAACCUUCCGUACAAAGUUUCCAAACGCCUGACUUUAAGCAAGGAACAGAAUGGGAUUGUGAUUGCCCGGGCUUCUGAUAUACAAGUUCAAUUUUCUCCUGACGGUGGGGUAACCGUGAAAGUCAAGGAUAUCCCUCCAAAGAAGUUAUGUGGACCAUGUGGGAACUUCAAUGGAGACCCCACAGAUGACUGGAAAUUGCCAAAUGGGGAAUCUGCGAACACUGCUGAGGCUCUCUAUGCUUGGAAGGCCAAGGACUUUUAAAGCGGACCACCUGCUUCUCGGAGGAACCAACCUGUUCAGUGCGCUCAGCCCAGAGGGGCAUAUCACUCCAAUCCAACUAGAUCUGAAGAACGAGUGGAAGAGCACACUGCAGUUCCACUGAUAUUCCUCUCCUAAGGAACACCAUGCUUCUGGAGAACUGGAUGGUACCCUCCAUUGCAUCUUCUGGAGGACGUACAGAUAAAGCUCUUUGGUGAUAGAAAAAUUGCUUUUCAAAGACUUCUAGAGAUGAUCAGAUACAGGGUUUGUUUUUUCUUUUUUCUGCUGUGGUGGCAUGGUCUUUAUUUUAUGGAUUUUACAUAUUGUAGACUGCUGAGGAUGGAUAUAAAUUUGACAGUGUAUAAGUAUCACAAUAUGAAUGAAUAAAUGGAUGAAUGAUGCCAAACAUAGAUAAUGGACUCAUUUUUAAAAUGAGUGAAUAUGGUAUUCACUGUAGGCUGUAAGAACAGUGGUUCUAUAAAAUGGUAACCGAGCAA